AUGGCGAUGACCACCACACCCAAAAGCACCACCACCAGCCCCGGCGCGUACGUCACCAAGCCUCCCCCGCCGCCGCCGGGCUACGUCGUCCACGACAAGGCGGCGGCGUACGAUUCCUACAACGGACGACACGGAGGCGCGGCGGCCACGGCCACCAGCAGCGCCUCGGCGGCGCGCCACGACUACGACGACCGGCACCAGCAGGCGGCGGCGGGAGCGCGGGCACUGGACGGGCUCCUGCUGCUGCUGCGCGCGGCCGCGUCGGUCAUGUCGUUCGUGGCCGUCGCGCUCGUCGCGUCCUGCCGCCACGGCGAUUGGAUGGAGUUCGCGCGCUACCCGGAGUACCGGUGCCUCCUGGGGGCCUCCGUGCUCGCCUGCGUCUACUCCGCCGCGCAGGCGCUUCGGGGCUUCCGACGGAUGCGCGCCGCCGGCUACGGCCAGGGAUCGGGUGGAGGCCUCGCGGAUUUCGCCGGCGAUCAGGUGGUGGCGUAUCUGCUCAUCACGGCGUCGGCGGCGGCUCUCCCCAUCACCCUCCGCAUGAGAUCCGCCGUCCUCAACGUCUUCACGGACGCCAUGACGGCCGCCAUCAGCCUGGGUUUCAUCGCCUUUGCUGCGCUCGCCUUGUCCGCCAUGCUCUCCGGAUUCACCCUCUCCACCGCCGCCGCGCAACCAUACUAG